CAUUCGGAACACACACAGGUUGCACACGCUGCUCUCUGUUCUUCAGUCCACACCAGGACAAGGUUCAGCAGCCCGGUUAACGUGGUUUUGUAAACUGUGGGACAUUGGGAACACACCUGUCGGGGGUUCGCCCUAUAUUCUAAGAGAUACAUCUCCCUCAACAGGAUACAACUCACGGAUGAAUGGGACCAGGCUGGAAAGAGAGAGGGUGUCGUGGAGAAAGUGCAUGUCCCGUAACGUCGCUGUCGUGAGUAUCGUCAUGGUUGCCGUCAUCGUUGUCAUUUACGGCAUGGCUGUGAGGAAUAAUCAGAUGCGUGUCACAAUCUUCAGCCUUGCAUCAAGGAGUAAUUCAUCGGCUGGGGAUAUAAUGAGACAUUCCCAGUAUAUAAUAUACAGAUGCUUGAAAGGCCGGCAAUGCGGUGGAUAUGCAGAUCGUCAGAAAGGCAUCGUUGCUGGUUACGUCACGUCGGUAAUGACGGGUCGAGGGUUUGGUAUAGAGAUGAACAAACCUUGUGAGUUGUCAAACUUUCUCCGCCCAAAUAAAGUGGACUGGACAGUCAAUCCUGAGAUACACAAACUCAAAUCUGACACGUGUAGAAAGCUCAACAGUGGGGCACAUUAUUUGCGCGUGAAACUAUCUACUGAUGACGUCGGCAAAAUCUUCCCAGAAAACAUAACUUAUCUCACUGUUAAUACAGAUUUUGUUCAAUAUCUGAAACAGAAUAUCAAAUACAGAGAUAGUCUUGGGUGGAUGACGAAUGCUACUGUGGGUGAAAUCUAUGCCAAAUCGUGGAGGACGUUGUUUCGUUUAAAGGAUGAUUUGCAAAAGGAUCUGGAUAAAUUCCUAUCUCUUGUUCCAAGGAACUACUCGCUUAUUUGUGCACAAAUUCGUAUGGGUAAGAAUCCAAGUAUUCCAAAUGAUAGCGAGACAAGAAACGAUCCUGAAAGCGUUGAAACAAUAUGGAAGUUUCUGGAACAAUAUAACGACACGUCAAAAUAUAAAAUAUUUGUGUCGACAGAUUCAGAAAAUAUAGGAAAUGAAAGCCUUCGACUUUUCCCAAAUACUUCUGUGACACUUCCGGGUGUUAUUGCGCAUGUGGACAAGUCACCUCGAUGUGAGGGCUUCCGGAAGGUGAUACUGGACCAGGAAGUGCUGAGUCAUUGUGACACCCUGUUGAUCACCAACAGUGGUGUAGGGAGGAUAGCAGCCUUUUUUAGACAACGAGAAGAUAAUCUAUAUUGUUUCAUGAAUCGACAACUCACUAAAUGUAAUUAUACCUCUCCAGAAUUUAUGCCCAAGAGCUGGUAGGGAUAUUAUUUGACGUUCCCAGUUAACUAUUUAAUGUACUAAAAUGUUUAAAAAGCGAUACUUUGGGGUGAAUUUUCUUGAAAUAGUUUGACACUGUUUAGUUAAUAAAACAUGAACAGUUUUAGCUGGAA